CAGUCGUUGGCUCUAAUUUCUCACACUUGAGUUUCACCGCAGUGGUAUAUCGUUUUUCUCAAGAAGACUUGUUCUCUUGAAAGGUAAUCUUUUGUCGAUUGUACUCACUUCAUUGUUUUCUUGCUACAGUAUUUAUAUUCGCCUUCCGUGCACUUGUAUAUAAAUUAUAUUUUCUGCUGUGCCAUCGACUUUGCUUGAGCUGUCAGCUGUUAGUGCUAUAAUGCAUGGAAGUCUUACAUAGAGAUGUGUUUAAGAUAGAGAUCUCUCUUGCUGAUUUUCAUAUUUUUCAUCAAGUGAUGUUUCGUGUAUAUACGUGGAAGCACAUGUAUUGAAAGGCCUUCGCUUCGGCAGUCCGGCGACUCCUUCUAAUUCUCGUUCUUUUUGCAUUAAUGAUUCGUGCGUUGUUCACUCAAUGGACUUUGGCCACUGUCAGUUCUAUAUUUUUAUAAAGUUUUGGUUUCUGAUUGUAAUAAAUCUGUGCAGUAGUCUAUAUAAUGUGGUAAAUGCGCCUAGCAGUAUAAAACAGACUUGAUAUGAAAUCUGAUAGCAAAAACCUGUGUUAUUUAAUUAAUUUAUAUACCUGAGUAAGCAACCUGAUGUCAAUAAAACGCACAUGUUUAAUAUCUGUCACCUGUGGCUGUGAUUGCCCUUUCAUUUAUAUUGCUUUUUCUCAGUUCCACUAUGGUUCCACUCAUGGUAAGAAUCGAUUCCUUACGGAAACCCAUUUCACCAAAAUGCUCACCGCGCGCUCAAUUUUCAAGUUUUUCCCUUCAAAUUUGGCAUGCAUAAUGAUAAAUCAUUGCUGUAGCUAACGAUUUGCCAAAAAUUCUACAUCUUUAAAAACUGUACUUGGCACGGGUUGCUUUUGAAAAUAUGACGACCUUUGCGCCACGAGAUUAGAACGCUUCUGAUUUACCUCGAAGGCUUCCGAAACAUUAUAUUUCCCAUCUCAAAUGAUCAAAGAACAAAACCGUGUUCGCGUUUUUUGACAGGUAUUGUAUUUGCUUUGAUAUAAAGCCGACAAGUUGACUAAUCUAAAUUUUGGGGGAACGACUGAAUAGAUGCCUAUAACUUGAAAAGUAUGGCACUAAAUAAAAAACGCGAACAAGGUUUUGCUGCUGUACUAUUGUUCAACAUUGUGGCAAAGUUUGGAGGGAAUCGGAUAAAACGUGCGCGUUUCUAUAAACUAUUUUGUGGGGACAAUCUGAGAAUAUUUCAAUCUCCGUAAAAGACGAUAUUAGAUUUGGGGGGGGUUUUCCGCUCCCUGUUAUCACCUCAAAGUGUAAUCGGAUUAAAAUUAGUAAAGUGUGCUUUGGCAAGGGUUUUCGGUGUCAUUCUCACAUUAGGCUAUCAAUUUAUCACAAACCGUAAACAUACUUGCCAACCCGCAUUUGAUCACUUUCCCCGCAAAUUUCCCGCAUUGACUUUUCCUCCCGCAUUUUGAAAAAUCCUCCCGCUGUUUUCCCGCAAACAUAGAAAAUUGUAAAAUGCAGAUAGCUAAAUUGAUAUUGCAACUGUUGUUGCUGUUUCUUAUUGUUUGAUAUUGCAACUGCAUGUUGUUGCUUUUUGAUUGUUAAUGACAAUGUAAUUGCAUGAAGAUCGAUAUACAUUUUUUUCGAAAUUGUGUAAUUGUCUUUUGAUUGACCUUUUUACAACCAGCAACUCUUACUCAUCGAAGACUGGGGUAUCCAGUUUUACUGUAGUAUAUUUACUGCGCUAUAAACUCCCGCAUUUUUAUUUUAAAAAGUUGGCAACUAUGCGUACAUGCGAGAAACUACACGAAAAAUCUUGCUAAUAUGCCGGCGGAACGCAAAUGUAAAAAGGGGAUAGCUAUACAGAGCGAUCUAAAUCGGCCAAACGAAAAUGCAGUUGAAGAUCUGUCGUGCACCACGAAGACACAAGCGAGGUUGAAGGUCACACAUCCGGUAACGAGUUAGACCUUUCCCCUUAUAACCAAAAUUUUGAUCUAGGCAAGUCUAGACAAAUAUUUCAUCACAGCUUGAAAGAGCACCACAAAAUUAGUAAUAUUCCAAAGUUUCGUUGCGAAAUGUUGUAAAAUGAGGAAAAUAGAGCCUUGUGAAGUUUGCAAUUUUCAGUCAUUUUGCAUUACAAACGGGAAAUUGCAGCCCCAACACCCAAAUCGGAUGUCAAUUUCCCGUUUGUAAUAGAAAAUGACUGAAAAACGGCAAAUUUCGCAAGGCUAUAUUAUCCGCAUUUUACAAGAUUUUGCAACAAAACUUUGGAAUAUUACUAAUUUUGUGAUGCUCUUUCAAGCUGUGAUGAAAUUUUUGUCUAGAUCAAAAUUUUAGUUAUAAGGGGAAAGGUCCAUUACAAUUACAACUUUCUCGGCAAACGAAUCAGUGGUCAUAACAUUUUUUGUUAUAUUUCGGACGCAUUUUAAAAUUUUUGAAAAAAACUUGCGGCAAUCGAGAGAUCUCCAGCCCUCAAUAUAAAUCAAUAAAAAUGUAAAAAAUGAUGAAAUCAGUGUUUUCAUCAAAUAAAGUAACCUUAAGCUCACAGCUCACUAGUCGCUGCGUGCAAUAACUGUGCUCGAUAUAUAAUUUGUUCUAUUUACUGUAGUUCUAUUUGCAUGCUUUUAAUGCCCGCAGCAAUCCCUACCUUGCAGGUACCCUAGUUAUAUCGUAAAAUCAUUUCAAUUUUAAUUCGUUGAAGACUGACUAAGGAAUAUUACGGCUGUAUACAGGCUAAGGAAUAUUAGCUUUUGUAUAUAAUAAAUAUAUAAUUUUUAAGAGUGCGUUAACCACUUGUCAAGGAAGGGGCCAAGAAUUUACAAAAUUAAAUAAUUGCAUCGAUGAUAUCCUACAGCACACCUCGCAAAAUGCCAUUUAUCAAAAGAACGCAUCUCGGAAAAAAGAAAUUUUAGUGAGAGCAGGAUUUGAUUGUCUGGUCGAAAAGAAUAGUUGAUCCCGAACAUGCAGGAAAAACAAAAACAUACUUAAAAAAGCUUGUCGACGAGGUGGGGAUCGAGCUAGGGGUUUAUCAGUUUAAGAAAAAUUAGUAGACACGAAAUAUUUUCGGGCAAUAGACCACAGCUCCUCCAAUAAUAGAUAUGAAUCCCGUACGCCUAUAUAUGAGUGUAUUAGUAUACAUUUAUAUGAGAGACAAGGUACGAAAUUAGAAUCUAUAAACAAUCCGCUUUAAUACACUGGUCGGGUAUACAAAAACGUUUUGAUGUAAAUAACGAAUUUCUUUCCUGUUGCUUUGAGCUAUUAUAUUAAAACCGACGAGAUAUAUUAUAUAGUAAGUGUAGCCUAUAUUAUAUAUUACGUGAAAGUGAAACUUAUUCUCAAACAAAUGAAUGAACCGAGACUGUCAUAAUCUCUCUGAAAGGGCGGAGCAGUAAAUAUGGCGUCAGAUUUCCGCCAAUAUUCAUGUUGAUACUAAUUCAACAUGUUUCCAUAUUGAAGUGAAUUUCGACAUUGAACAUAUCAAAUUCAGCAUGCCACUUUAAUUCAACAUUGCUUCAAUUUCAACAUGUUUCCCUCAUUGAUGUUAAUUUGAAUAUUGAACAUGUCAAAUUUAAGUGAAAUACAACAUUGAAGUAUAGAUAUUGAAGUAAUUUUCAGUGUUGAAGUUUCAAAACAGGUUGACCGCGUUAAAUAUCCGCCAAUAUUAAUUGGGGCGAGCCUGAGCGAGCCCCACAGUUUGGUGGCUCAUCGAGCUCAAGCGCAAUGCAUCAUGGUCGGUUGUACGUACGUACACUGAAUUUUUCCUACAGUGAUUUAAAUCCUACCGGCUUUUCGCCUCGCACCGGCUAUUUUGAGAACUUUCAGUCCUACGUACAGAGUACAGUGAUUUACAGUAAAUUUUACGGGCCUUUCGCGAUCUCACCGGCUGACAUUUUUCAUGCGACAUGCGAUGAAAUAUAUUCUUCUUGCCAAAUAACAAAUGGAAAUUGGAAUGGUCAGUAUUAUUUACAGUGGUCAGUAUUAUUAAGCCCAUCGCAAUUUUACUUUACUCGAUUUCUGCAUGAGUGAGUUGCGGAUCAAAUUCUGAUGCAAAGCCCGAUUUCGAUUUGAUUUGGGCUGAAUAUUCUGUAAUUCUGUUAUUCUUCUCUAAGACUAUGAAAAAAGACCUUCUUUGCAAGUUUUUGCAAUCUGGCUCUGUAUGUAUUAAAUGUUUUGUUUACAUGCAGUGCAUGCAUGCGUUGCUCAGAGCGCCAAAUAUUGGCAAAUAAAGUUUUAAGUUUACAUGCUUCGAUUUGCAUGUCAAAUGUUUUAAUUUCUUGAAAUAUCAUCUUGAUAAAUUCUUGUAUGUUUAUAAGAUAUUGUCUUAUAAUAUAUAUAGUAACAAUUUGCCGGUAAAGGAAUUUGUGAUUAAUUCCUUUUUUCCGGAGUAAUUUUUUCAUUGUACUUAAUUACAUUUUAGAACAAGUAAUUGUAAUCAUGAAUUUAUUAGAUUUUAAAGCAAGUAAUUGUAAUUGGAAUUAAUUCCUUUUUCAGUGGUAAUUUUGCAGUCCUGGGUUGGGGAACAUGUAAAAAUGAUUCAAGAUACCCACACCUUCAUAAGAGAAAUAAAAACAAUGACCCAAUUCAAUUUUAUCAUUUUCCUGGGCUGUACGAUCGGCAGAAAGGAGAUAUAAAAUGGAUAAUCGCGUGUCACCGGGAUGAUAAUUUUGUUUGCACGAAAGACAGCUAUAUUUGCAGUUUACAUUUUAUCGGUAAUAAUGGAUCAUUGGAUCAACGAAGGCAAACCCAGAUUCUGUGUCCGCCUUUGCGACCAAUGAAAAGGUAAUAUAUGCAUUACUGUAAAUGAUUUUUUAAAAAAUAUAUAAAGUGGCACUCGUAUGCAUUCAGAAAGGAAACCACGUAGCCCUCACCAAGAGAAAACUACGUGCUUUUGAGAAGGAUGUUGCCAGGGGCGCACAUUCAAAAAAAAUUUGGGGGGGUGUCCUAUUUUCCAGGACCGACUUUUGUAGUAUUUGUGUUUGAUAAGAAAAGCCAACUAUUUUAAGGUGUGCACAGUACUCGUGAACCGGUGAAAGUUCGGUUUAAUUAAUGUCACAGUCUUGUUAUAAAUACAAUUAAUAUAAAAUUUAAGAGUUGCAAGGACGUAUGGUACAGGGCCGUAGGAAACUCUUUUCGAUUUGGGGGGGGGAGGGGAGGCUGAAAGCGAGGGCCGAGGUCCGAGGAAAUUUUUAAAUUUAGAGUCUCUGCAAUGCCAUUUCCUGGACUUUGGGGAAGAUUUAACAGAAUUCCGAUAGUCAGAAAAAAGCGUUUUAGCAUGUCGAAAUUUACAAUUUAUAGUAGUACUAAAUGGCCGAAAGCGUAUUUAAUUAACUAUUAUAUGUUGAAUAAGUUGCAGGAAAGUGUGGGUAAUACCAUGGAUUGUAAAAUAACAUGUACUUUAUUAUCCAUGGUAAUAUCUUCAUUCUUUGCAGUUUGUCACAGAUUAAAUGAUAAAGGUCUGCAUGACAUGCGACGGCCCUGCGGUUAUUGCACAAAGUCGAGUAACUAUGUAAAAAAAUAGCAUACAGGGGUGUCAAAAAGUAGACCGUUAGAAAUUAACCUGUUGUUCUAAAUGGAAUUUAUAGCCAGUAUAUUAGCCACAAGCCCACAGUAUAUUAUUAAAGAAUAGUACAUUAUUAAAGUCAAGAGCUCAAAUAUAGACAAUAAUGGUUCAAAAUAAAUCUAUAGUGCGUGCCCACAUGAUAUUCAACUAAGAGUAUUAAAUAUCUGACAACUCAAAUUGCUUAGAAAGUUAUAGCAAUUAGCAAUAGAUUUCAGGCAGUCAAAUCAGUUUUUAUAUAGUUCACCUGCACAGCUUAUUUGAUCGAAAAAUGACAAUCGGAAUUACUUCACACAAAUAAGGCGCUCUGUUUUGGCAGCUCGGCCCAACGAUCAACAACAGUGUCUGGGUCCAUUAUAUUGUAUCCGUGAGAUCCUUUUCAUAUCCAAGAGUGAUUAGAUCCCUUAGACUUUUUUCUUUCAUCACUGAACGAAUGGCAGUCUUAAUUAAUUUAUGCUUCAAACUCGAAAAGCUGCGUGUUCACUCGAUGCGGAUGUAAUCGGUUAUCUAAAUGUGUAUAAAUGCUAUACACUGCCACAUACCUCGGUAACCUCUCUUCGAUUUAUUAGAACGUAGACUCCUCCAAAAUUGCGGAUGGACUCAUAGACAGGGAUAGAAUUCCAAGAGUUUAAAUAAACGUUUAGUUUUUCAGAACUUCUGCUCUAAACUUUCGGGGGGCCAAAAUUUUUUUAUGGAUUUCGAUUUUUUUGAAUUUCUAGGUUCAUUAGAACACUAUUUCACGUAUUUUAGGACGAGGUUGGAAGAAAAGUUACAACCACAAAAAGUCGCCUAAUUUUGUUAGAUUCCAUUUCCAAAGUGUCCACCUAUUUCUUUUUUCGACGCAAAAUGAUGUCUUUCAGAUUUUAGCCGGACCGACUUUUUUUCGUCCCAUACAAGUUUCGGGACCGACAUUUUAGAUAUAUUUCACAAAACAUGGGGGGGGUGUGUCACACCCUCCCCCCACACACCCCUAAUGUGCGCCCCUGGAUGUUUGCUGAGGCACUUCUUAAUUUGUUGUCGAGCACAGCGCGGUCUUCAGAACAAUUAUCUCUUGCCGAGAGAGUUGUUAAGUUUGAGCGUGGAGAAAAUCGACGCGAUUGAUGCAAAUGAAGACACGUCAGUUAUUAAUAGUGGUUGCUGUGCUGGUGGCGAUGAGGCGGACGAGGACAUCAAAGAACUUAACAUAAACUCUUCUCCAUUAGAAUGUUUUUCGCCAAUACGUACAGGGAAACAUCACAGUACUCAGGUUUGUAAUAAACUACAUAUAGUUUAUACGCCUUCGUAAGAAUAUGCACAUAUUUCUCAGCAGUCAGCAGGGUUUCAUUUUACAUGGAUUACAAUUUAUGUUUUAAUAGCACAUAGACAGUUUAAUACUCGCAUUUAUUUUUGUUAUGUAGACUGAUUGAACUGAUCUUGAAUUGGCGGAUAUUUCUGAUUUCGCUGUACAAGGACGCCGAACUGAAAAAUAUUAAACGGUUACGAAGGCAGUUGUUUAUGGCUGUAAAUCAUAAACAACUGCCACCUUUAGUAGAUUAUCCAAAAAAUUCCUUCCAUUACACAGGUAUAUAAUAUGUCUGCCAAUUCAAGAUCAGUCUACAUAACAAAAAAUAAGUGCGAGUAUUAAACUGCCCAGUGCGAGUAUAUUAAUUAAACCGUCUAUGCUAUUAAAAUAUAAAUUGUAAUCCAUGAUGUAAAAUGAAACCCUGCUGACUGCUGAGAAAUACGUGCAUAUUCUUACGAAGGCGUAUAAACUAUGUGUACUUUAUUACAAACCUGCGUACUGUGAUGUUUCCCUGUACGUAUUGGCGAAAAACAUUCUAAUGGAGAAGAGUUUAUAUUAGGUUCUUUGAUGUCCUCGUCCGGCUCAUCGCCACCAGUACAGCAACCACUAUUAAUAACUGACGUGUCUUCAUUUGCAUAAUCGCGUCGAUUUUCUCCACGCUCAAACUCAGUAACUCUCGGCAAGAGAUGAUUGUUCUGAGGACGUGCUGUGCUCGACGACACAUUAAGAAGUGCCUCAGCAACAUCCUUCUCAAAAGCACGUAUAGUUUUCUCUUGGUGAAGGCUACCGUCGUUUCCUUUCUGAAUGCAUACGAGUGCCACUUUAUAUAUUUAAAAAAAAAAUCAUUUACAGUAAUGCAUAUAUUACCUUUUCAUUGGUCGCGAAGGCGGACACAGAAUCUGGGUUUGCCUUCGUUGGUCCAGUAUUACCGAUAAAAUGUAAACUACAAAUAUGUGGGUUAGUGGUGUAUAAAUAGGUCAAGGGUCUAGUCCCUUAGACUAGUGUCUGCAAAUUUUUAUCUUGUUCUAUCUCAUUUUUCGUUGGAGUGAUACUAAUUCAGUAUCAAAUUAAACAUAAAAUUCUUGUGACACAGUGGACUUAUCUUUGUGUUGUUUGUUUGUAAAUCUUCGCAUCUAUUUUGGAUUUUUAUUACCGAAGUUGCCUAUCGUGUUGCAGUUCCUAUCCUUACGAAUCAUGAAAUUUGCCUUGGUCCUCCUCUCGUUUUCUGCUCAUUGGAUUUGUUUCAAAUUUUCUCUGUGGACUACGUGUUUUGUUCCUGUUAUCGUGUCACGUUUUGGGGUUUUAACGUUAAACUCGAUUUAAAUAAUUUGAGUUUUUAAAUUUUGACCGUUGGGAUUAUCUGAAUAAAUAGCGUCAAGCGUCAUUCGUCAUGGCAACAUCUUUAUGUACCUGUAAAGGAGCUUCCGUCGUUUAAUUAAAGUCAAGUUUCUACAGCUACGCUGGAAUCGUGUUUGUCUGUUAUUCGUAACAUUUUGCGUUACUUAUUGUUCUUCGUGGUGCAGUUUGUCGUGUGUUGUUUGUACAUUUGAUGUUUCAUUUAUGUUCUGUCGCGUAUGAACUAAUUCCUGACCUUUGACUUUGGUUUCAUAACUUGAAUAACAUCUCUGGUUUCACCACAUUUAGGGGACUCCCCGCCAUUAACUAUACAUCAUGUUUUGCUUCAAAUCAAGUUACUACAUCAUCUUCUUGUGGUUGGCCUUAUUUGGGAUACAUAAUAUCAAGAACAUGUGGAAGUCUGAAUUUGUGCGUCUCGCAGCACUGCCAACUUCUACGAGUUUUCUCAUCGCCUCAGAACUUACUAUCAUCUCUGAUCGCCUUUGUGUUCUUUGGACGUCCACCCGAGACAUUAUUUUAAGGAAAUCCAACUUUCCUUGUAAACACCGAUAUGGCUUGAAGUUUGAUAUGAAGCAUUUAGUCUUUUUGAUCUUUCUAGCUGGUGAUAUCGCUACCAAUCCAGGUCCCACUAUGACUACGCAGUCAGGACAUCUAACCGACAUUCAAUCAACUCGAAUACCCCAACGUCCGCCCACCUAUGGUGAUAACUCUCUAAUACCCAACCCUGGUCCAUCCAUAACUCCUAAUCAAUAUCCGAGGCGAGAAAAGGUGGAUGGAAAAUUCUUAGCAAAAUGCCUCGUUGUUAACGCUCGUAGUCUGUUGAGUGUUAAUAAGAAAGACGGUAAGCAAACAUGUCACUUGUCUAACUUUCAAGAUCUCGUUUAUUCUGAAGAAGCAGAUCUUGUCUGGGUAACUGAAACAUGGUUGAGGGAUGAUAUUGAAAGUUCUGAAAUUCUUCCGUGGGGCUACACUAUUUACAGAAAAUACCGUAAAUCACGCGCUGGUGGAGUUCUACUCGCUGUUAAGUCGUGCUCUUUUUCAACAUCUCGCGAAAUCAAUUUUGACACCGACCUAGAACUGGUCACGGUUGAGCUAACUUCGAAGUCGAACUCGAAAUAUCUGUUAUGCUGUUGCUACAAGUCCCAACAAAAUGUGAACAGUCAAUGGCUGGGAAAAUUUAACCUCUUCCUCACCAAGUCUUGUUCCCAAUAUUCGAACAUGCUUAUAUGCGGCGAUUUUAAUUUCCCGAAGAUCUCCUGGAAAUCUCUGGAACUAACAACAGGUGUUGAUGAAGUGCAAUUCACUGAACAAUUGUAUGAUUGCCACCUAACGCAGCUGAAUACAUUUCCGACACGAGGGAAUAAUGUACAGAUCUUGUCAUUACCAAUGUUCCUAGUCAAGUAGAGAAUGUAUCGGUACUUACCUCAGCUGAAAGUGGAUUAAUAACUGACCACUCCACAAUUGUUUUCAAUCUGAAAACAUCUGUCAAAGCAGCUCCCAAACUCAAACGUAGAGUUUUUGACUACAAAAGAGGGAACUUUGAUGGACUAAGGGCUGCACUAGAAGCACUUGACUUAUGUUCUGCGAUUGAGUCGGAAGUGAAUGUCCAAGGAUGGAUGAAAUGGAAAGAGCUAUUUCUUAAAGCAGCACAUGAGAACAUUCCUACUAAAACAAUCAAAAACAUUAAUAGUCCCCCUUGGAUUAAUGCGGAAAUAAUUCAUGCAAUUCAGAAAGAGGAAACUGCGCGACGAAAACUUAAAUCAUUUCCGACUGAUGCUUUAAGGAAUAAAUUUAGGGAACUACGUUCUAAAGUUAAACAAUUAAUCUCGGAGUGCAAAGCUCGCUUCUUUGAAACCUUGGAGGACGAUCCGCAUAACAACUCCAAGAGGUUUUGGUCUCUUUUCAAACCAAAGACUCCAGCGUGCCAGGAAAAGUCUCGAUGGGAGUAGGUGGAUCGGACCCGACCUCAGUUCAGUCAACAUCCUGCCUUCGUGACAUUGUAGAGCUUUUCAAUGUGUAUUUUUCAUCUGUUCUAAACGGCAACGACAAUCCAAUUGAUUCAAUAACUCCUCCCUCAACUACCGGUUGCGAAUCUACUCUGUCUGAAUUGAAUCUUUGCCUCGACGACGUUUUAAUUGUUCUUCUAAACCUUGAUACCAACAAAGCAACAGGCCCUGACGGUAUACCUCCCAGAGUUCUAAAAGAAACUGCCCAUCAAAUUGCUCCAUCGUUAUGUUCUCUAUUUAAUCGAUCUCUCAAUAGUGGCUCUUUACCAGAGGAAUGGAAACUGGCUAACAUCAUACCAGUUUUCAAGAAUGGAGACAAAACCCACGUUGAGAACUAUCGUCCGAUUUCACUCCUCUGCAUCGUAUCGAAAGUCCUCGAGCGCUGCGUGCUGAGCAAGCUGCGUGAUCACCUGUUGGAACUAAUUAACACCUCACAACAUGGAUUUAUCCCAGGCAGAUCAUGUACCACCCAGCUAGUUGAGGUGCUCAAUUCCCUUGGUUCCCUAUUAGACUCGGGUAAACAAACAGAUGUCAUUUUCAAGGACAUGUCUAAGGCCUUCGACAAGGUCAGUCACGCUGCGCUUAUCGCCAAACUUGAAAGAUACAAUAUCAGUGGAUCUCUGCUUGAUUGGUUUUCUUCUUAUCUAUAUAAUCGUCGACAGCGCGGGCGUUACUACUCUUGGUGCAACUUCUUCUGAAAAACCAGUGUCUUCGGGAGUACCUCAAGGCAGUAUAUUAGGCCCCAUUCUGUUCCUCCUCUAUGUAAAUGACCUACCUGAUGUUGUCAAGAACUCAAGUGUUGCCUGCUUUGCUGACGACACUAAGACCUUUCGUCGCGUGGAUUCUAUCUGUGAUGCUGAUUUACUCCAAACUGAUCUGAGUAACCUAGACAGUUGGUCUACCUCCUGUGGUCUCGUCUUCAACCAACUCAAGUGUAAAUGUCUGCGUGUAACGAGGAAAACCCAGCCCGUUAUUUAUCCGUACAAGAUCAAGGACAACGAACUUACAACAACAUCAGCCGAAAAGGACCUGGGAAUUUGGGUUUCUAGUGACCUUACGUGGACCAAGCACGUUCUAGAACGUUGUGCAAAAGCAAACAAACUGUUAGGUUUCGUGAGGAGAAGCGGUAGAGAAUUAAUCAACAUAAGGACUCGUCGCACACUUUAUCUGUCAGUGGUUCGCCCUGUUCUUGCCUAUGCAAGUCAGGUAUGGUCGCCCCAGUCCAUUGGUCUCAUCAAACGAACAGAACGUAUCCAGAGAAGAGCUUCCAAGUUCAUACUGAAUCUUCCCUACAUGUGUAGUGAGUCGUACCGUGAGAGGCUGAUCACUCUAGAACUGAUGCCGUUAUCGUACUGGCAUGAGUACAUGAUGGAUCUCGUGUUCUUCUUUAAAGCUAUAAAUGGUCUGGUUGUCAUAUCUGAAGAUGUUCUCCCUAAACCGAUAAUUCCCACGAGAGCAACAAGAUAUUCCAGUGCCAGUGAGUUAUCCUUCCGCCCCCCAAAAUGCAGGACUAGGACUUUCCAGCGAUCGUAUAUUACCCGCGUCACGAGAGUAUGGAAUUGUCUUCCAACAGACUUAAGACACCCAAAUUUAAGUUUAAGUACAUUCAAAAGUUUAUUACGACAAUAUUAUUCGAAAGCCCUGCACAGUUAUUUUGAUGCAGAGGACCCAAGAACAUGGAGAUCUAUAUGUUUAAAUUGUAACUCUUGUCGUAGUUUGACCAAUGUUAUCAAUUGUUGUUUCUAGAUAUCUGUAUGUAACCUGUAUGUUAAAAGGGCCCGCAGUAAUUGGUUUUAACUGUUGUGGUGUCCCCGCCAUUCGUCACUUGUAUAAUUUUGUAUUUGUAUUGUAUGCAUGUCAUUCGUGUAAUUUUACCUGGCUAAGUUGAAUAAAUAAAUAAAUAAAUAUAGCUGUCUUUCGUGCAAACAAAAUUAUCAUCCCGGUGGACACGCGAUUAUCCAUUUUAUAUCUCCUUUCUGCCGGUCGUACAGCCAAGGAAAAUGAUCAAAUUGAAUUGGGUCAUUGUUUUUAUUUCUCUUAUAAAGGUGCGAGUAUCUUGAAUCAUUAUUACAUGUUCCCCAAGCACAUAUUUUAGUUGCGACCAUAUUGCUAUUCUAUAUUGCGUUAUAUUGCAUGCGUGACCCGUAGUCCGAACUAUUGCGAUUGUUUACAUUUUUGACCCCACGGUGAAAGUGGUGAAUUGAAUUUUUUAUUGGAACAAGGUUUCAAAGUUAGCGAAGUAAGCAGUAUAUGAUGGGUGUACGCAAAAUAACUUUGGAGCGGCGAAUGAGGUCUUUUGGCACGAGUGUGUCAGGUAAGAAAGUUAUGCGCAUCCUACACGACCGACACAUGCAGUGGUUAUGCAACACUGUAUAUAUAGCGUCUUAUCAUCAGGAUUUAAUAUGAUUGACUGCACAUAGUUUUUAUACAGAACUACAGCAUAGAAUGGGAACGGGAAUACUUAGGUAUUCACAUCUUUCAUCUGCACUUCACUGAUUUUUUACCGUUUGAAGAAAAAUGUUAGCUUAGUAAUGCAAUAUGCUGAUCAGACAUAAAAAGCCUAUAUCAGUAUAGCAGCAGGGCGGUUGGUGGCAGUCAGUCCAGGAACUUCGCAUUUUGGAUUAAUUCAUGAAAAUUUGAAUUUUAUUGAAAACUGAAAUUUGCAGUCCUGUUUUCGUUUAAGGUCGGCAAAUGACCUGAUUCUUCGCCAAUUCAGAGGUAUGUGUCUAGAAUUUUUCACUAACACCAAUCCCCACACAAGGAAGAGGCCCACCAAGGGUGUAACCCAGGUCGCUUGUCACUCAUUUUGCAGCUGCUUUGUCGCUUGUUUUAUUGUAAUAAAUGUCGCUGUCACUUUUGACCCAUAACACAUAUUACAAUUUGUCACUUUUUCCCAGUCAGAAGCUGUCGUUUGUCGCUCUUUUUUAGAUAGUCUGUCGCCUCUUGUUAAGGAAUGUCGCCUGUCGGUCAUAACCCCUAAUUGGUGGGCCUCAAGGAAGUUGUGGUUUCAAUAAGAAUUGAUCUACAUGUACAACAUGUAUGCAUUACAUUUACAUCAGUUUCCCUAGGUUUGUCGACUUGGGCUUAACAUGUACAGUGCUGCAUGACCACUGUGUUGGCCGUGUAGGAUGGGCAUAACUUUCUUAUCUGACAAACUCGUGCCAAAUGACCUCAUUCGCCGCUCCAAAGUUAUUUUGCGUACACCCAUCUUACUGCUUACUUCGCUAUAAAACUAUUCAAUUGCCGAAUUUAUCGCCCCUCGCGUGUAUAUCAUGCAUACGAAGGACCAAGGUUUUCCACGGCAUAAACUUGUGCUGGAAAUGCAGAGUUAUCCAUAGCGGAAUAGCGCUGCCGCUGCUCAAAUUGGUUUAAAUUUUUGCAAACCCUAUCCAGCAAUUCCAAAGUGCAUGAUGUCAUCGAUUCUAAUAUUCACAAGAUAUCUCUUUAAAACGUCAAAUCGUAUUGCCAUUCCCUCUACACAAUAUGUUGAAUUAAAGUGGCAUGCUGAAUUUGAUAUGUUCAAUGUCGAAAUUCACUUCAAUACGGAAACAUGUUGAACAUGAAUAUUGGCGGAAAUCUGACGCCAUAAGUAAAGUGUGUAUAUCCAGGGUGUCCCAAAAAACCAAACUAUUGAAAUAACGUAUUGUUAGAAUUUGAAUGCCUUAUAGCACUAAGCUGAACGCAAAGAUGCGUAAAAUAUUGACAGGAUGCAUAUAUUAUAAAUAUUGACUUAUUGAGAAAUUAAAAUAUCUUUAUAAAGCGCACGAUUUUCUGCUCUUGCAUGGAAUUUAAAGCAGCCUCUUAAACAGUUUCUUUAUGCAUAAAAUUUACUUAUGUUAAGCUUUUAUGCACUUGUGGGUUCAGCAGAGUGCGAACGCAUUCAAAUUCUAACAAAAAAUCGGGGAACCAUCCACCUGUUUAUUGGUGCAAAAUUUUCCGUAAUGACCCUGUCACACUAUUGCGUAUCGUAUACCAGCGUAAGGAAAAUUUCAAUCAUACGUUGACGUACAUACGCUAGCAACCUCGUUCCCAGGCUCUUCCCUCUUGGGGAGGAAAGACCCUGGUGGACGCUGGUCACGUGACCCAUAGAAAAUUGAUAACCCAAGAGGGGGAUGGAAAAGUCUCAUAUUACAUGUUUCCACAUGCGCACUUCACAAUUCGAUUGCAAGGAGUGGCCGUUCUGUACUAUCAUCUUUGAGAACCAUAUAUACUUCAAAAUACUUGCUAAAUUGGUUUCUGUUUGCUUAUAAAUUAUACAAACAUGCUAAAAUGCAGAUUCUAGAUUCUAAUAGCAACAGACAAGUCAGGAAAUCAAGCAACGAAAACGUAUGACCGUUUGCUUUGAAAUAUUUGCCCUUUUAUUCUCUCAGAGUUCGGGCGUAGUUUCAUUUCGCGCGUACGUUUCUGACUCUGGUCAGAUAUUUAUAAUAUUCUUUAUGUAAUAUGCGGUAUGUAAUAUGCGGUAUAUAUAUAUAGUACAAUCUGCAGACAUGCAUGUUUCGGCGUUCAACGCCUCGUCAGUGCAGCUUGGUACACGUCUAGAUACGUGAGACACUCGUAUUUAUACCCCAUGAACUUGCUCUCACCAAGGCAUGUGGUACAACACGGUGCUCAACGCAUCCAGACAUGCGCAGAGCGUAAUGGGGCCAGAGUGCUCAAACCACCACAAGGGAAGUGAGCUUUGCAUUAUCGCUAAUUAGACACCCAUUAACAACUCCGCAGAGUGCUCAACAACACCGAAGUGAAGGAGCGUAAUAGUACAAUCUGCAGACAUGCAUUUUUCGGCGUUCAACGCCUCGCCAGUGCAGCUUGGUACACGUCUAGAUACGUGAGACACUCGUAUUUAUACCCCAUAUAUACAUAUAUAUAUAUAUAUAUAUAUAUAUAUAUAUAUAUAUAUAUAUAUAUAUAUAUAUAUAUAUAUAUAUAUAUAUAUAUAUAUAUAUAUAUACUGAAAACUAUAUUCAAAAAAAUAGUCGAUGAGUUGACGUAAGGUAGAAGAGCGCUCAAUACCAUAAUAAAUAGAGCGGAAUUAAUUCAGUCAAGGUUUGAAUGUUUGCGUCGCUACUCUGAGUUUCACGCUUUACGCGAUCAUCAGGCAACUGACAGAUAUUAUUCAAUAUUCAUAAUAAAUAUAGGUUAUCAUUUUACAACUUGAUUAAGCAGGUAUCUGGUUACAUGUCUACAUUUGGAAAACAAGUCAGAUGUAGACAUGUCCAAAUGUAGACAUGUAACCAGAUACCUGCUUAAUCAAGUUGUAAAAUGAUAACCUAUAUUUAUUAUGAAUAUUGAAUAAUAUCUGUCAGUUGCCUGAUGAUCGCGUAAAGCGUGAAACUUAGAGUAGCGACGCAAACAUUCAAACCUUGACUGAAUUAAUUCCGCUCUACUUAUUAUGGUAUUGAGCGCUCUUCUACCUUACGUCAACUCAUCGACUAUUUUUUUGAAUAUAGUCUUAGUAUAUAUAUAUGUAUAUAUAUAUAUAUAUAUAUAUAUAUAUAUAUAUAUAUAUAUAUAUAUAUAUAUAUAUAUAUAUAUAUAUAUAUAUAUAUAUAUAUAUAUAUAUAUAUAUAUAUAUAUAUAUAUAUAUAUAUAUAUAUAUAUUCAAUAUUGAAUUUGUGCGUAGUGAACUAGAGUGCUCAACACCAAUAAAUCAGUAGAGCGAAUACGGAUCGUACGCUGUACGUGAAACACUGUGUAGCGAUAAAAUAAAAUUUUAAGAUUGAAUUUUGUUGUUUUUGUCGUUAUAUAUAUAUAUAUAUAUAUAUAUGCAUGCAGUGAGCGUGCGCAUAAAGGCUUAGGCAUAAUGUGUAGUAUAUUAUAAAGUUCUGUAGUGUCCCACAUCCACCACACUGUCUUCUAUAUAUGUUCUUGGUAUGUGGAAGCUCAUCAUCGGUGCACUGUGCUGAUGAGCCCCAAAAAGGGCGAAACAGCUGUCCACAGUUGCCGUUGUUUGAGCUUUCCUUGAAGGGUGCUACAAUGUCUUUACUUAUGUGCUUUAUCGCCGUUUUUAAACUGUGAAAUGCAGUGAGCGUGCGCAUAAAGGCUUAGGCAUAAUGUGUAGUAUAUAAAGUUCUGUAGUGUCCCACAUCCACCACACUGUUUUCUAUAGUAUAUAUAUUCUUGGUAUGUGGAAGCUCAUCAUCGGUGCACUGUGCUGAUGAGCCCCAAAAAGGGCGAAACAGCUGUCCACAGUUGCCGUUGUUUGAGCUUUCCUUGAAGGGCGCUACAAUGUCUUUACUUAUGUGCUUUAUGUGCUUAUAUGAGCGUGCGCAUAAAGGCUUAGGCAUAAUGUGUAGUAUAUAUAUAUAUAUAUAUAUAUAUAUAUAUAUAUAUAUAUAUAUAUAUAUAUAUAUAUAUAUAUAUAUAUAUAUAUAUAUAUAUAUAUAUAUAUAUAUAUAUAUAUAUAUAUAUAUAUAUAUAUAUAUAUAUAUAUAUAUAUACAUAUAUAUAUAUACAUAUAUAAUAACAAUCUAAUAAGCUCUGCUAUACUUUUAGUAUUGAGCACUUUAUAUAUCUAGACAACCAAAACAAAUUGAAUUAUAUAUAUAUAUAUAUAUAUAUAUAUAUAUAUAUAUAUAUAUAUAUAUAUAUAUAUAUAUAUAUAUAUAUAUAUAUAUAUAUAUAUAUAUAUAUAUAUAUAUAUAUACAUAUAUAUAUAUACAUAUAUAUAUACAUAUAUACAUAUAUACAUAUAUAUAUACAUAUAUGCAAAAUAUUGAAGCAAUGCAUGGUGUUUUAAUGUUUUAAAAUUUGCAUUUGUGUAACUUCUAAAAGAGAAUCUGAGCUCUUGAAGUGUUUUACAAAUUGCAAUAUAGUUAGAAUGUCUUCCACUCUUAAUUAAAAGGCGACAGCCAUAUCAUGCCUAGCCGUCUGCAUCUCGUUGUGUCAUUGAAACAAAUUUAACCAUUCGAUUCAUUGUCUUCACUUUAGCUUAAGAUUUUGUGAGAAAAAUGCCUCAGAAAAAACGUGUAUGUAUUAUUGGAGCAGGCCCUAGUGGCAUGUCAACAAUGUAUCAUUUUGAUAAGUUGAAAAAACAAGGGACAGAGAUUCCUGAUGUUGUUUGUUAUGAAAAGCAAUCUGAUUGUGGUGGUCUGUGGAAUUAUUCUUGGAGAACAGGUAUGGUGUACCGUUUGGGUCAGGCAUUAAAAUAGCGUAUUCUUGUACACACUUUGUGUCCUUGUAAAAGGCGAAUGUGCCCUUGUAAAUUGAAAAGUGUGUACUUGAAAAUAUAUUAAACAGAAAAUAUAUUAAUGUAAUCCACGAAAAAUGGCCAAAUAUUUUCCAAAUUCUGUUCUCAGAACACUGGAAAUGCCAUUUCAGAGACCCCCUUAAAAGCUCGCGUCUUCGACGCUAAACUUGUGGCUUCGCCACUCGUUCUCGUGAGUCUGCGCAUUUAUACCAAAAAUACGCCUUUGAAGGCAAAGUGUGUCCUUGUAAAAAUUCCGUAUUUUAAUGCUUGGUUUGGGUGGUUUCCAAGUCGGCUGCAAACUGUUUCCUGCAAACAUCCUGGCAUAUACUGACCUUUCUAAUUAAAUUCCGCCCUUUUUGAGGAGGUAAUUUGCUAAGCAAAUUAUUAUGUUAAGUUUGCAAAAUAAAUGGAACAAACAUGUUGCAUGCAGCAACUGUAAGACGGGGGCCGCCGGACCGGUUGUGCAAGGUGUGUUGGUGCUAACCCUCGGUUUUAAAAAAAUUUUCCCGCCGUUUUGGUUUGUGCAUUCCUGCAUAUGUAUUUAUUUCAAAACUUCCAAGAAGCAAACUCCUAUUGAUCGAGACAAGAUUUCUGAAGAAACAUUUCCAAAUUUUUAAACAAGAUGUCAGAAAGUUUGCUUUGAAUUUUAUGUUAAUGCACGGGCCAACGGCACGGAGCGCCGUUCCGGGCGUAAGCCCGGAGCGAGGGUACUAUAAUUCCUCCCAGCUAUUAACCCCCGUGGGAAGGAAAGCAUUAGCGAAGUCUAAAGUUCAUCAAUGAUCGCGGGCGUGGAUUACUAACUACUGUGCUUGGGUGGCAUAGUGGGUGGUCAUCCUCACUGAUCUCAAAAUAUAGCGGACUGUCAUGAAUAGCGAACACUGGUUGGUCCAAUUUAAAAUUUGCAUUAUAAUGACUGCAUGACGACAGCGAAAUAGCAAACAUUUCUUGAUUUGACAAUAUGUCGGUUCGCUGGUCGGCGUCAUAUGGCAAUCAGGCUUUAGGGUACACGUCACGUUUUGAAAUGUGAAAAAAUGAAAAUGGCCACUAAUGCAGAUGAUCCUGAAACCUGUAUCUUGUCUUAAAAUGGCUGCCAUUGAUAAUUAUAUUUGUAUACGUAUACGAGAUUUUUAAAAAAAAUUUUCCCCCACCAAUAGUAAUGGAGAAUUUUCCUGCAAACUAUAUUAUGCCUUGCUUCUUAUAUCAUGUUAUGCAUGCUUCUUACAUCAUGUCGUGAUACUUUAAGGAACUGAUGAAUUUGGUGAGGUGGUUCACAACAGUAUGUAUCGCAACUUGUGGUCUAAUGGUCCUAAAGAAGCUUUGGAAUUUCCUGACUACACGUUUGAUGAACAUUUUGGUAAACCAAUUGCGUCCUUUCCACCCAGAGAAGUACUCUUCGACUACCUCAAAGGUCAGUCUUUUGCCAGUGUCAAGGUUGUUGGUGAUUGUUGUCCCCAAGCGCCGUGCGAGGGUACUAAUUCCGCCCGGCUAUUUACCCCCGGGGAAAGGAAAGCAAGCGAAGUUUAAAGUUCAUGAAUGAUCGAGGGCGUGGGUUACCGUGCGUGGUUCGGUGGGACCAUCCUCACUGAUCUCAUAAUAUAGCGGACUCUCAUGAAUAGCCAACACUGAUUCGUCCAAUUAAAAUUUGCAUUAUAACGACUGCACGACGACAGUGAAAUAACAAACAUUUCUUGAUUUCUUGCAAAUAUAUUUCAUUUUUGUAAGAUUUUGUAAAUUUCAAAAGCUUUUUGAGAAAAAAAAGGGGAAGAACCGGCUAAAAGAAGGGAGCAAAGGCGCCGACGUUAACGAAGGUAAGUUUGUUUUACAUAUUGAUGUAUUGUUUGCUGUUGUAUACUUGCUUUAAAAGCUGAUGUUUCGUAUAUUUUAAAUAAAAACAGACAGCAUAUUAUUUCAGCUGCCUCGUCCCCAGGCGCUAAUAAAAAAUUUCAUGCGAGUCACUAUAUGAAAGGUUUACAUGAAGUAGUGCAUCGCGACGAACAAGCGCAGGGGUAUAUGGGCUUGAGGCAGCGAAAAUUGAGGAACGCCUGGGAGAUCUUGUGCCGUUUCUUGCAAAAUUCGUCUGUUUCUUGCAAACUACAUAUCAAACAAAUUGAAAUAUCUCGGGAACAAACCAUAAACACAAGAAACUGAAAAAUAAGUUACACUACAACUUAAAGAGUUCUUUCAUUUAAGAAAAUAAAAAUUUUCAUGUCAUAUGCACUUUAAAUGAUUCCAAGAUGUCAACACUUGGAGAGGUCAACGAGGCUGUAGAAGGGUUUAUGUAAUAACUUUACAGGCAUGGAAAAAUGACAAUGCGUCCUUAUCACAAUGAGGAAUUUAUUUUGUAUUGUGUUCGCAAGAUUCGUCUCAGGAUUUCAAUUAUGAGCUUAUUUACAUGCAGUAUGUUUGAGUUUCACGAUGCCAACGACAAUAUUUUGAAUAAUUCAGGUAAGGAUAGCUUUAUUUCUUUCUGGUGAUUUACACGAAGGCAUUUAUAUUUAGAUCUACUGUUUACUUGUUUUAUGUUCGACAGCUAUUCCAGAUGGGCCAGACGCUAACCAGAACGCUCACAUCCUAUUCCCCUUUGCGCGCCUAUAAUGUGACGCACUACUUCAUGUAAACCUUUUAUAUAGUGACUUGUGUCGUUUUAUAGUGCCUGGGGACGAGGCAGUAAUUUCAGUGUAUCUUUAUUGAUUACCCUUUCUAUUAUAUUAAUUUUUUAAAUAAAAAAGAAAGCAAAGUUAUUUGCAUGCGAGAAUUUGAAAUCAUUUUUUAUUUCAAACUCAAAGUUUUUCAAUAAAGGCAGUUUAGUUUUAUAAAGAACAUUUUAAAACGUUUGGCGAAGCGUUUGUUGUUGAAUUUUACCUUAAAUUGAAGCUUAUAUCACGUAUAAUAACAUACCUAACAUAUAUAUGCAUGGAAAUUGAUAAUUUUGUAAUUAAAAGUGAUAUUUGUUUUGGAUUUUUUAUUUGUAAAAAUAUUCCUAAAAAAGUUAUCGUGUUACCAUGACAACUACUUUAAAUACUUGAUGUUGGAAAAUACAAUGGUUUUUGUCAGCAAGACGAGGGUUUCUGCAUGCAUGUAUUAAAAACAGUCGCUAUUAAUGGGAGACUAGUUUUACUUUGUGUUUCCCGUGUCCCUGACUUUGUUUACCAAUAACAAUCCAUAGAUUUUACCCGUGAAGUGAAACUGUGAUAAUAGCGGCAGUUUUUCGUCACGUCCGCGUCGUGGAUUUGGUGUAUCUUAAGCUCCCUAUUGUUAAAAAAAUAAACGUGCAAAACGUUCAAGAAAAUAACAAUCCAUACGGUUUAUUUAUCCGAAUAAAAAAUUCUCAAAUAUACAGUAUAAAUCGUUAUGAUUUGCUGUAGCAUUUUUCACGUCUUGUAUUACCUGUAAACAUCCCAUUAGAAUAUCAUUUACAACUGAUUCCUUGCAUGAUGCUGAAACGUUUCCUAAUUCAGAACUUCAACACUGACAAUAAACUUACUGUAAUGAACACCGCGGAAAAACGUCUGCGCAUGCACCAAAUUAUGAAAAUAUGGCGGGUAAUUUGAAUAUCAAUUUCUAAAACAAAAACAUGCUUAUUAAUUGGUCAAAAAUUAGUAAAACAAACGAGAAAAUAUAGCAAAUGGGUAGACUAGACAUUAAUUGAAAGCGUCCUGGCAUUUAAAGUAUGGAAUGAAAUAUAAUUCAUGUAAAAAAUUGUUAAUUUUAACGGACACGACUUCGAAAAUUUUUGCAAAAUUAUUCAAAACAAAAAUUCAAACUAAAAAGUUAAGAAAACUCUCGAAAAGUUAAGCUUCUUAACCCACUCAAAUUGUAGAAUAAAUCCUAUAGUUUAAUUAUUGUGAACACGAAAAUUUUUUAUAUUUGGCGACAUAGUUUUUUUUAAAGAAAUGUAUCUCAAACGAAAAUUCGGAAAUUGUCGUUGCUUAGUUGAUAAACAAAAUGUUUCAGACGAUAAAUUUGUCAACAAUCACCUUUAGUUCAUGUUCUUGUACAAUACAAUUUCUUGAACCUUCUGGCUGUAUUUAUUCCUAGUUUUUAGAAUGACAUGUUUAUUUUUGCGCUCGAAAUCUGGCUGUAAAGACGCACAAUGAAGUCACUCCUUUUUACCGCCAUUUUGAGCCUUCGGAAACGUUCGGAACAGCUUCUCAUCAAGUUCGCAAUACUAUUACAGGUAAGGUUGACGCAUGCGCAGACGUUUUUCCGCGGUGUUACUGUAAUGGCGUCUAAGCUCGUGUUAUAAAAGCGCAUGCGUAUAUAUUGAACACUGCAUAGUGGAUUUCCAAUUUUUAAUACGAAUCGCUUUAAUUUUACUAAGGUCGCUGGGCAAAAGCUGAUGUUCGUUCAUGGAUAAAUUUGAAUCACAAAGUACACGAUGUACAAUACAAUGCUGCCUCUGAUAACUUCACUGUGCAGGUCAAGGACUUGGUUAACGAUCGAUAUCUUUCCGCCCAAACUUUUGAUUACGUCAUCGUUGCCACUGGUCACUUCUCUAUGCCGCACUUGCCUGAUUUUCCUGGGCUAAACAAGUUCCCUGGCCGAGUUAUGCACGCUCAUAGUUUCCGUGAUGCACGAGAAUUUAAGGACAAGCGUUUACUGCUGAUUGGUGCAAGUUACUCUGCAGAAGAUAUUUCUCUACAAUUGGCGAAGUAUGGAGCUGGUAAUAUCAUUUGCACUUACCGCACUCGACCUAUGGGCUUCAAGUGGCCUGAUAACAUAUCUGAACGACCUCUGUUGGUCAAAGUCGAUGGAAACACGGUUCAUUUUAAAGAUGGAAGCACAGCUGAAGUGGAUGCGAUUAUCUCAUGCACCGGCUACCUUUACUCGUAUCCGUUUCUGAAGGAUGCCAGUUUACAGCUGAAAACCGGCAAUGUGCUGUUCCCCGAUGGUCUGUAUAAGAAUACUCUGUGGAUAAAAGGUGGAAACAAGAAGUUGAUGUAUCUGGCAGCGCAAGAUCAGUGCUACACAUACACAUUGUUUGAUAUCCAAGCAAAAUGGUGUGUAAAGUACAUCAUGGGCGAGAUCACACUGCCAAGUCAAGCUGCCAUGGAGGAAGACGUUAAGAAAUGGGUGUGCAGGUAUAUAAAAAUAUUCAAGCUUUAAUAUUAUAUCCUUUAGGUCUUAUAUUACUUGUUGUUGUUGUUGUUACAGUGGGAGUUUAAUGUCAUUGACAGUCGAGUUAUUCUGUUCCAGUUUUUAG